AUGGUUCCGUCGAUCCACAUGUUUUCCGUUGGAACAGUAUUCGGUCGCAAGUUUGCAAGACAAGAACCAGAGGAUAGCGAACAGCCGAAUAACGAGGCUGAGGCGCCAAAACUCCCGGACGACACACCUCCUCCAAACCCGAUCCCUUCGUCAUCUUUACCCGAGGUGCCAUCCACAUCCAUACCAACACCAACUUCCCAACAAACACCGACUGGUGACCAGGAAGGAAGCGGUGGGGGUGAUUCCCCAGAUGAUAAUGUCGAGACGCCACCCGUUACUACUCGCGACAGACAGGAGACAUCGACUUCCCGAGAUGAGGCCAAUACACCACCUUCAAGCUCAGUGGUAGAAGAUGUGCCUGAACAGUCAACACGGCCUCCUCGUCCUGGACCUGGACUGGGACUCAUACCGAAGGUCCUAGACCCUGUCGUAACUGGGAUUGUGCAACCGGUUGCCACUGGGAUCGUAGAACCUGUUGUCGAGCCAGUUGCUAGCAUUGUUCAGCCUGUCGUUAGCGUCGUGCAACCGGUUGUCGAGCCGAUCGUCAGCAUUGUCCAGCCGGUUGUGGAUCCUGUCGUCUCUGGGAUCGUCGAGCCUGUCGUUACUAGGAUUGUGGAGCCAGUGGUUGAGCCUAUCAUAACCGGGAUCGUCGCGCCCGUCGUAUCUAUUGUCGACCCGGUAGUCGAGCCAGUGGUAACCGGCAUCGUCCAGCCCAUCCUCGACCCAGUCGUGUCGAUACUCCCAGUUCCCGACCCUUCUCCCACAAUCCCUCGACCUGAUUCCCCGCCUCCUGAUGAAACAGCGACCCAAACCGUCCGACCAGGCUUUCCGCCUAUUUUGCCAGGGAUUAUUACGCCCAUCCUUGGACCCAUUGUGACAGGAAUUGUUGACCCUAUUCUUGCGCCUAUCACUUCUCGACUUGAGAUACCCGGAACUAUACCCUUACCCACCCCCGAUCCCGGCGAUAACCCAUCACCUCCUCCUGCUCCACCUUCUCCUACCACUACGCGGGAACGCCCAGGACUGCCUGGGAUCGUAACCCAAAUCUUGGAACCGAUUGUCACAGGGAUAAUCGCGCCCAUCGUGACACCUAUUUUACCGCAAAGACCUCCCCGAACAACUGUAGACAUCCCACUUCCAACUCCACCGACCCUAAUCCCGAUUCCCAUCCCAACUCCAAGCAGCCCUAAUACCCCAGGACUCCCACCUCCUGAUCCACCUCGUCCACCUCCACCCCCGCCUACUUCUCGUCCUUCUCCUCGACCAACCCCACCUCCGCCUCCGGCAACUACACUCCAACCUCCAUCCAGACCAGAUCCGGUCCCUACAGAGGCUGUUCCGCCCGGUCCAAGUAACACUCCAGGUCCCAUCAACAACGGAGGUGCCCAACCCGGUGGUACAACCAGAUCACGUAUCGGGAACACGACUAAUCGACCGUCUCUGCCGACAUUGGGUGCGGAAGCACUGAGUGUGUCAUCGGGGGAUGUUACCGAGGUUUCGACUACUAUUGUUGAGACGCGGACGAGCAUCGGGGUGGUGACCACAGUUCGCGAGGGGCGGCCCAUAACACUGUCUACGACGAGGAUCGAAACAACCUCUAGGACCACUGUCACCACUGUUCCUAAGCCCACAGGCUCGGAGGAGGUCACGCCCAUCAGCGGUAGUUCCAAACGUGAAGGCCUUAUCGGUGGUGUUAUCGGCGCUAUUAUCGUACUCCUCGCCGGUAUCCUCCUUGUUCUGUUCUUGCUACGCCGUCGAAAGCGGCGCAAUGCAAAAUUGGAACGGAACUUGUUCACGGAAACUGCCCUCCCACCGUCCUCCGUGGGCGGCGGUGUCGCGGUUCGGGAUGUACGUGAAAAGGAUCAAGAAUUGCCUUUCCGUGACUCCAACCCGAAUCCGAGUCGCGCCUUGUCUGCAUUGUCCGGGUUAUCAACGUUGCCGCUCCCGACUUUUGCUUCCUCUCCCGAGCCAAAGGCAGAGGAACGGCACACCACCUCCCAGGCUAGUAGCACUGUUGAGGACCCAUUCUCAGAUGCAAACGGUACUGGGAAUGUAGGUGUUCCGGGCGAUGCUAGCAGAGCCCUCCCCAACGGCCCACCAUCGCAUGAACAUCUCGCCGCCAGCAGCGGCGGUGUCUCCGGUCAUGCAGCAGCAGCGCUCUUUGCGGAAAACACCAAAUCCCAACUGGCUCCUACACCCAUCGGAAACUCUGUCCCCACCUUCGCUCCGAACUACAGCAAUCCAUUUGCCGACCCUUCACCUGGUUCUUCCGCCUCGAAUUUCAGCACAGAGGGACCCAAUCCCUUUGACGAUCAUACCAUUCCAACAAAGUAUAUCACUUUGCACUUGGAGCCGGAGAACUUUGGGCGGUACUCGUUCUCCAGUCAGGGACAUUCUACUUUGAGCCUUGGACAUGGAUCGAUGAGGACCGACGACCCUCGUUCGAGGUCGUCGGAGAGCUUCAAUACUUUGGGAUAUGCCCUGUGA